CAAUUGACUAUCUUGGUUGGGCUUUCCUUGCAUCUCGUAAUACAGUCUUUUCUUUUAGGUGAUGAAGCUGGACUUUUGGGGGAGGCCGGCUCUCUUCUGAAAGCCACUGAGAACGUCUGGUUCCAAUGCAGUUCCUGCCCCCACAUCACCAGAGAUCAUCGUGGAAUUGUGAGCCAUCUGGUUGCCCACGGUGAUGAACAAGUCAAGUGCCACAAUCCUCCUGUGUCUCCUGGCUCUAGGUCCAAAGUGCACAGCAGCUUUCAAAUGAACAGGGGUGAUAUGUUCUUUAAGUGCAAGCUGUGCCCCCAAGCUUUUGCUCACCGUGACAGCCUGAUCCAACACAAUCAAACGCACAUACGUACACGUGAAAAGCCAUUCAAGUGCAAUCUUUGCCCAAAAGCCUUUUCUCGGAAGACCCAUUUGAGGCUCCAUAGUCGAACGCACAGUGGUGAAAAACCUUAUAAGUGCACUCUCUGUUCCCAAGCCUUUGCUCAAAAAGGCAGUCUGACCCUCCACAAUCGAGUGCAUACAGGUGAAAAACCAUAUAUGUGCAAGCUGUGCCCCCAAGCCUUUAUUCACAGUUCCAAUCUGAUCCGCCAUAAUCGAACUCACUGUGGCGAAAAACCAUACAAGUGCACACUCUGUUCCCAAGCAUUUGCUCAAAAUGGCAGUCUGAUCCUCCACAAUCGAGUGCACACGGGUGAAAAACCAUAUGUGUGUAAGUUGUGCCCCCAAGCAUUUACUGACAAUUCCAAUCUGAUCCGCCACAAUCGAACUCACAUUGGUGAAAAACCUUACAAGUGCAAACUGUGCCCUCAAGCCUUUUCUCACCAUUCCAAUCUGACGCGCCAUAGUCGAGCACACAGUGAAAAACUUUAACAGUACAAAUAAUGCUCUGUAUUUUUGCUAAUAGGAAUCUGAUCUACCACACUCAAAUGCACAUGUGUGAAGCAUUACGGUUCACCCGUAAGUUAAGCCUGCCAUGCUUUAUAAUGUGUGUAAUUGUUUUUUCUUGUACAGCUGUAUAGUGUUUCAGAAUAUUUAAGAGCGAGCAAGGCCUCGAAGCCUUUACUUAGAGUAGUAUUUAGGCUCGCCACACUAAAGCACACAUGCACAAUAAACUUGCAAAUGCCAGCAGUGUCUCGGGACGUUUUCUAAAUAGUCUUGCCUCAACAGGCAUGUGUCAAUACACGAGGUUUUUAAACUCAAAGGGGCUGUGUAAAGAUUUCUGGACCAAUUAACUGCAGGGAUUGCUCCCUGUCACCUAUACAAUUAAGAAGCAGAAAAACAUUUUAUUUUGCGUACGCUAGCUUCUA